UUUUCCUAUUUCUUUUAUUAGAUUAUACUUUUUGAUAAGGUUGAUAUACGGUUUCAGAUUUUUCAAAGUACGGAUCUAGACUGAAUACAGUAUCAGAAGAUUUCUUUAAAUAACUUGUAGAUAUGUGAAUAUCACAUUAUUCUUUGGAAAAAAAUCUCGUUUAUUUGUCCAGACUUAUAGCUAGAUAUUUAACCAUAAACUAACUAAGCAUUUUCACUAAUUUUUGUUUUACUAAAUGGCUAGGGCUAUUUGUUCCUCCUGUGGCCUACGGAGCCAACACUGCCAAUGUCGCCUGGAAGUUUCAACCGCCGGAAACACAAACGGUGAUGACGUAGAAAGAGCGUCCAAGCUUUCUCGAGCCUCCUUUUGCAGAAUCUACCUCGUCACCGCUAUCACGGUCUCAGGAUUCUGUAUUUCCGUUUUCUUUUGGGUCCAAGCCUUAACCUACGCCCGACCUAGCUGUCACUUGGAGGUCUUAGUCGACUCAUUCUCCAUCUCAAACGUUUCGAACGCAACCGCAGAUUGGAACGUUAGUUUUGUCACGAGGAGCCCAGGUAACAACUGCAAAGUCUCUCUCCAUACCAUUAAAGCGCGUCUCAUCCGCGGUGGCAAUCUUAUCUCCGAGUCAUUCACUCCGGAUUAUUUCGGGAAACUCGUCAAAGGACAAAUGAACGAACCGCUUUCGUAUGCCGUUUUCAAAAUGGUUGCAACAACGACCCAAGUAAACGGUUUGGUAUGGGAUCUUCGGGUCAAUGUCGUAUCUAGAUUUUAUGUCAGCGGUUUGUCAUAUCCGGAUCAAGGUUUCUUGAACGUGAAUUGCGACGGCAUACCGGUGAAUUUUACGGUGGAUUCGACCGGAAGUGUGAAGGGGUCGUUGCUCGGACGUAUGAGGCCCUGUGAGUAUCUGGUACGGAGUAAUUAUACGGACACAACCUUUUAGAACUAGUUUUUCUUUCUCCGAUCAUCCGUCUAUAUUCUCCUUUUACGAGUUCUAUUGGCUUUGAUUAGGGUUAGUUGUUUUGUUUUCUUCGUUAAAAAAUAAAAAGGUGUUUUGAUAUCCAGAAUCAUUUUAAGAUAAGAUGAGAUUAUACACACGGUUGUGUUAUAAAUUUUUUAUUACGCCCAAA